AUGAACGAACGAGCUGGAAAUAUCAUGACCCGAGAAGGCGAUUCUGGAACUGUCGCAACAGUUUGCUGUGAUUACUUCUUUUGGAAAGACGAUGAGCUGCCUGAGGGGUACUACAAGAACCUUAUCAGAACAUUAAAGCAACAGGUAGAAUCAAUGGAGGACUUGGCUGAACUGGUCAACCUUAGGAAGAGGGUUGUGGAGUUGGAGUUUCUGGUUUCAACAGAAAAUUCGGUUAUUGACAAGCUUGAGAAGAAGGUAACAAAUGAGAAGGAAGUUGUGAUGAUUCUUAACGACAAAUUGGAUGCUUCCAUGCAGUAA